AUGAAGCGCUCCAACCCUCCAACCGCUCAAGGCGCACGCAAGAAAAAGAAAGCUAAGAAAUCUUCUAAGCAGCAGACAACUCAGCUCCGCUCAUUCAUCUUCGAGAAUCUGCCAGGUGGAGUGCGCAACCAGAUCUACGAACUCGUCGCUUCAAACGAGACCACAUAUCUCCCGAAAAAGACUCCGCGCUUAAGCUCAACCUCGCGCCUCCUCGUGGCCAAUCACAAGAUCAGCCAGGAAUUCGCUACUAUGCUUGACGGCUCCGCUGAGAUCGACAUCACAAUCCAGAACUUCGAUUUCACCAACCUUAUCAAAUUCAUCGACACUCGCUCAGAGCUGAGCUUCAAACAUCUUGCCAAAUCGACUCUCUCUAUCGCGCUUCACUACGGUCGGCCGCCUUGGGUUAAGAAGGGAAAGAUGGCUCCGGAUUUUUAUGUGAAGCUUUUGAGAUGGUUUGAGUGCUUCAACCGCCUGGAAGAUUGGGGGGAUGCUCCCAGGACGGAGUAUUACGCCAUGGGUGGGAGUAGCCGUUCGACAGGCGAGUGGUUUGACGCUGUUGACAACUGUCAGUCAUGGCACAAUAGUAAUGGUUGGGGAGCAAUGGAGCUUGAGAAGAUCACUUGGACGCUUUUAGGGAUGGACGGACCAUGA